UCUUACAAUAAAUACAUCUGAAGAAAUAUUUUUUCACGGACCCUUAAGUUACCACUGUGGAUCCCUAAUUUACUAUAUUGCUUGCGUGGAUCCCUAAAAGUCUUACAAGAACCCCUGUUGAGAACCACCAAUAUACACAGAACAUAUAUAACACUGUUUUGAGAUUAUUAGCAACGUUUCUCUACUUCACUGCUUGGAAAGAUCACAAGAUGAUUUUUUUGCCUUCUCAAUAAAUUUGCAUUAUAAAGGAGUUUGCCAAAUGUUCAGAUAGAAUAUCAGUGAUGAAGGUAUAGUAACAGAAAUAUAUUUAUUCAUUGGCUGUCAACUAUAAAAUAAGGAGAGAAAUAAGCAUUUGUAAAUUGUGGUCAAGAAAUAAUAGUUAUGGAAAAUGAAUUGUGUGAGAAGAAAGGUGAAUUUGAUACACAAUCUAAAAAGAUCGACUCUCCUGGUGGUAUAAGGAAAGGAAGAAGUCAAAUAUACCAGUGUGAUAUCUGUGAGAAGAUAUUUUCUCAAAAGUGUAACCUCACGAUACACAGACGUACUCAUACAGGAGACAAACCAUAUCACUGUGAGAUGUGUGGUAACUCGUUCUCUCACAAGGGUAACUUAACAUCUCACAAACGUAUUCAUACUGGAGAAAAGCCAUAUCAGUGUGAUAUCUGUGGUAAAUCCUUCUCUCAAAAAGGUCACCUAAUCACUCACCAGCUCAUUCAUACAGACGAAAAACCAUAUCACUGUGAUAUCUGUGGUAAAUCAUAUUCUCGUGAAAUUACCUUAAUAAGACACAACCGUAUUCACACAGGAGAGAAACCAUAUCAUUGUGAUGUCUGUGGUAAAUCAUUCUCACAAAAAGGCCACCUACUUACUCACCAACGGAUUCACACAGAAGGAAAACCAUUUCACUGUGACAUCUGUGGUAAAUCAUUCUCUCGUGAAAUUAACUUGACUCGGCACAAACGUAUUCAUACAGGUGAGAGGCCAUUUCAGUGUGAUGUCUGUGGUAAAUCCUUCUCUGAAUGUGGUGUGUUAACUUUACAUGUACGUAGUCAUACGGGAGAGAAACCAUAUCGCUGUGAUACCUGUGGAAAGUCAUUCUCUGGAGCAAGUACCUUAACAAAACACAAACUCACUCACACAGGAGAGAAACCGUUUCUCUGUUACACCUGUGGUAAAUCCUUCUCUCAAAAGAUUCCCUUAACAACACAUGAAGGUGUUCAUUCAGAAAAGUAACUGUAUCAAUGUUAAGAAUAAAUUCGUAUUAAAUAAAGUCUUCCAUGUUUGUCAUUCAAA